AUGGCACCCGUCACGACGCGACCCCUUCCCGCCAAGACGAACCCUCUCAUGGUCGAAGGAAAGCAGGACUGUAUGCAGCGCCCCGUGACCGUGACGCGAAAGCGCACCAAGCUGACCUCCAAGAUGGUCAACACGAGCGGCGAUGAAGGCGAGGCCAGCAACCUCGGCGCCGUCUUCGACUACGCCCACCUCCGCGCGCCCCUCCCCAAGGGCAUCGUGUCGGGCAUCUUCAAGUCGAGCCCGAACAGCUACUUCCUGAUGCGCCGCAGCUUCGACGGCUACGUGUCCGCCACCGGCAUGUUCAAGGCCACCUUCCCCUACGCCGAGACGUACGAGGAGGAGGCCGAGCGCAGGUACAUCAAGUCUCUGCCCACCACCAGCCGCGAGGAGACGGCCGGCAACAUCUGGAUCCCCGCCGACCAGGCCCUCGCCCUGGCCGAGGAGUACAACAUCACCACCUGGAUCCGUGCCCUGCUCGACAACGCUCCCAUUCACUCCACCAGCGCCAACGCCGAUGCCUCGCCGGCUCCCAAGAUUGCCGCUCCUCCCAGGUUCGAGCCCUCGUCCGCCAAGGCUGGCGCUGCCGCCGCCGCGGUCGCGUCGACGACGCUCGCCCCUCCCACACCCUCGCGACGCUCGCGCCGAUCCGUCAGCCCCGCGAAGAGCACCUCGUCCACCUCGAAGCGUGCCGCGGCCUCGCCGCGCAAGAGGACGGUGACCAAGACGGCCAAGGCUGCCGCCGCCGUCGGUAAGGAGCAGCAGGCCAACGGUGACUCCGCCGACGGCGUGGUCAUGAGGUCGACCGAAUUCGACCCCCAGGUGGCGCUGGAGCGGAAGUCGGGCGACAAGCCGUCGGACCAGGUCAACGAGGAGGCCAAGUUCCAGAACGGAGACGCCGAGGCCAGGCAGAACGCCACGACCGAGCUCGAGGUGCCGGCCGUGCCCUCGGCCGGUCAGCCCCCGAGCGCCGAGGAGAUUGCCAAGAUGAUCGACUCGGCCAAGAGCAUGGUCAAGGACCAGAGGAAGCAGCAGGCCGAAGCCGAGGCCGAGACCGAGGCCGAGGCCGCGACCGCCUCCCCCGCCGUGGGGACGCCGAACGGCAAGACCGCGGAGGGCACCAAGAAGGCGUCGUCAGCCAAGAAGUCGAAGCGCAAGGCCGCCGACAUCUCGCUGGGCGACAAGGAGACGGACAGGAAGGACGGCGGUGCCGCCGCCCAGAUCAGGGAAGAGGAGGAGGAGGAUCAGCAGCAGCAGCAGCAGCAGCAACCCAGGGCGAAGAAGGCCAAGACGGACGUCGAGGUGCGGAAGAGCAAGGUCCGAAGCCGUGCCCUACUGGGUAUCGGAGCAACGGUAGCAGUUGGACGUGACGACAAGCUUUGA